CCACAAAUUUGGGCUGGAUAAAGGGCAAAUGACGGAAGCCCAAAAAUGGUAAACCCUAAAAUCCAUCACCCCUAUAUGCUAAAAACCCUGGCACGGUGGUUUUCUCUUUGGUUACGAGCAGAAGCAGCAGCCAUGGUGAAGUACUCAAGAGAGCCAGACAACCACACCAAGUCCUGCAAAGCCAGGGGCUCUGACCUUCGUGUUCAUUUUAAGAAUACACGGGAAACAGCCUUUGCAAUCCGAAAGUUGCCUUUGGCGAAGGCAAAAAGGUACUUGGAGGAUGUAAUGGCCCACAAGCAAGCCAUUCCAUUCAGGCGCUUCUGUGGUGGAGUUGGGCGAACUGCACAGGCUAAAAAUCGCCAUUCUAACGGACAAGGUCGUUGGCCUGAGAAAUCUGCAAAAUUCAUUCUUGAUUUGCUCAAGAAUGCCGAGAGCAACGCAGAGGUGAAAGGCUUGGAUGUAGAUUCACUUUUCAUAUCUCACAUCCAAGUGAAUCAAGCGCAGAAGCAAAGGCGCCGAACGUAUCGUGCACAUGGAAGAAUUAACCCUUACAUGUCUUCACCAUGCCACAUUGAGCUGAUUUUGUCAGAGAAAGAGGAACCUGUCAAAAAAGAGCCUGAGACUCAGUUGGCUCCUCGGAAAUCAAAGGGUCAAUCUCUACGUAGCGGUGCUUCCUCUUGAACUGCCGAGUGAUGCAUCAUAUUCUGAAAUUAUUGUCUUUUUUUUUCUUUCAUUGUGAGAACAUUUUUGUCCCCUUAAGUGAGGUGCUUAAGACUCAA